UUAUUUUUGAUCAAAUGGAGGCAAACAAGAUUACAAGACUAUUCUUGUUUUUUCUUCCUUCAAAGUCUUCUCUUUAAUCAAAUUAGUGGAGUUGUACGUUAUCUUUAUUCGUUUUAUUUUGACAUUGACUUUUUUUGUUCUUUCCCAUUGUCCUCUAUUUAACAGAACAAAAACGAUAUAAACUCUCAACCAAUUAUAUUGCCCUCGUGAGUGAACUGAGGAGACGAACGAUUCACGAUGGGGAAUAAGGCAAAUAUUAUCAUCUUAUGGGCUAUGCUCGUUGCAGUAGUCGCUAUGGCCACGCACCCUCCUCCUUUUGAGCGGACUAAGGGCAUCAAUGGUCUCGAGAAGCUCAUUGUCCGCGACCGUCGCGGUCGAUCUUUCGAGGUUUAUUUGUAUGGAGGUCAAGUGACUUCUUGGAAGAAUGAGAAAGGAGAUGAAUUACUCUUUAUGAGUACCAAGGCUAUAUUCGAGCCUCCAACACCUAUUCGUGGAGGGAUUCCUUUAUUAUUUCCGCAAUAUAGUAAUACUGGUCCACUUCCUUCACAUGGAUUUGUCAGACAAAGGUUCUGGGAAAUUGAUACUAACCCACCUCCUUUGCCAUCACAUCCUUAUUCUAGUGCUCACGUUGACCUCAUCCUAAAAUCAUCCGAUGCUGAUUUGAAGAUCUGGCCUAAUAAAUUUGUAUAUCGUCUGAGAGUAGCAUUGGGGCAUGGUGGAGACUUGACUUUGACAUCUCGUGUUAAAAACUCUGAUGUAAAGCCGUUUAACUUCACAGCUGGUCUUCACCCCUAUUUCUAUGUUUCCGAUAUCAGUCAAAUCCAAGUGGAAGGAUUGCAAAAUUUGGAUUAUCUUGACCAACAAAAGAACAGAACACGUUUCACUGACAAUGCCAAAUUUAUAACUUUUAAUUCACAGCUUGACAGGCUUUACCUAAGGACGCCAAGCAAGCUCAGAAUCGUGGACCACAAUAAAAAGAAGACAAUCGUGGUACGCAAGGAAGGAUACGCUGAUGCAGUGGUGUGGAAUCCAUGGGAUAAGAAAGUGAGCGAUUUGGGAGUUGAAGAUUACAAACGUUUUGUUGCUGUGGAACCCGUUGCGGUCGAGAAACCGAUCAUAUUGAAACCUGGACAAGUGUGGAAAGGAGUACUCCAAGUAUCUGUGGUUCCUCGUACUUAAAAAACUUAAAAAUGUCCUAAAAAGUAUACUUUGUGUUACAUAUUCAGAUGGUUAACACCGAGUCAGGAUCCACACCGGACCUUACCAGUGUUUGUGUUUUGUAACUGUGUCAGGAUCCACACCGGACCUUACCAGUGCUUGUGUUUUGUAACU